AUGGAGCAUGUUGACUUCGGAGUUCCUGAUGGUCAUUCUGCAGCAUCCGGAAAGCUUGUCUGUAGAUCUCCAGGCCUUGAGAACAUACUGGAAAGGCCUCUAAUGACAGCACAGAACAUGGCAAUGGAGGACGGAACCAUCAAAAGCUGCUCAAACUUCACAGUGCUUACAGCUUUUGCGUGGCAUGCUCGCAGCAAGGCACUGCAGAUGAAUCCUGACCAAGCAAGUCAACUUGUGUUUAUGGUUGAUGUUAGAUCCAAACUUAAUCCACCACUGCCGAAAGGAUAUUGUGGCAACGGAAUUGUCAUAAGCAGUUGUCUUUGCACAGCAGGAGCAUUGAUCGAAAACUCACUUUCUUUCGCAGUGAAACCGGUGCAAAACGGAAUUGAAUAG